AUGAGAUAUAUUACUUCCCUGUUCCUUUCUGUUCAGCUUGUUUCACGAGAAGACUGUACCCAUCACUUCAGGUUAGCUGAUGGAACGCAACCGAAUCGUACAAGUGAUUACUUGAAUAUUUCCAUAAUAGUCCGUCACGGGCUCUCACUGUUCAGGUUGGUCUGGACCCCUAAUACUUGUCGAGACUCGAGACUCCAGUUUUCCCCACUAACACCAACUCAUGGUAGAUACACCCUACACUCAUCCUUCACAAUGGCCGGUCUCUCUGGAACUCGGAGAAAGCCACCCCCGUCAAAGUUGAAUUUCAACAUUGAUAGCCAACACCAGAGACGACAAGCACCACCGCCCCCUCCUCCUGGUCCUGGGACACCGCCUCCAACACCACCGCCGCCUCCAACGCCGCCGCCUCCGGGAGAACCGAGGCCGCCAACACCUCCACCUCCUGGUCCUCCAACGCCCCCACCGCCUCCCGAAGGUCCUCCUCGUCCCCCAACGCCUCCUCCUCCUCCUCCUCCUCCUCCUCCUCCUCCUCCCCCAACGCCUCCUCCGCGUCCUCGGCCUCGGCCUCCGCCGCCGCCACCACCACCACCUCCUCCUCCUGGACCUCCUGGACCUCCUGGGUAUCCCGGUCCCCCUGGACCUCCAGGCCCCCCGGGUCCCCCUGGUCCCCCUGGCCCUCCUGGCCCUCCGCCUCCUCCUCCACCGCCUCCUCCCCCGCCUCCGCCACCUCCACCACCACCUCCUCCACCUGCACUGGCACCUGUCCUCCCAAGCCCUCAAAAGACGGUCUUCAUCACCCUCCCUCCUGCAACCGUCACAGUGACAGCCACAGUUAUUCCCGCUCAGAACGCAGGUCUAAGCAAUGGCGAGGCCAACAGAAAUGGCGGCGGCGGCGGCGGCAUCAACAGCGGCGUCAGCAGUGGCGAGGGCGGCGGCAGACAGCUCCAGCAACCGUCCAUCAACAUCAACAUGACCCAGGGCAACCCAUUUUCUACUGGUCUUGUCGCCGCAACCAUGGGAAUCAUGGGUCUCACAGUGAUUUUGUCCAUGCUGGCUGCCGGCUUCGCUUUCUGGCGGAGGCGUAGACGCCGUCAGGGACAGGCUCAAGCCAUGGACCUUCAGGGGUACGAUCUAGGGAUAGACUAUGGCCAGAACCACGAGCAGCCCGAAAAGAAGUGAGCCG